AAAGGUGGUGUUGGGGGGGGUGGGGGGGCGUCGGGGGCGGAUCCCCGCUGCGCCGUCGUCCUGAAAGGGAGCCAAUGGCGGCGCCCCGGCCGCUGCCAAUCACGGCGAUCCGUCCAAUCCCUCCGGUGCGGUGUCCGAGCCGUCUUUCCCACCGCGCCGGCGGAGGGUGGUGAGGGCUCUGCCAAUCGCGGGCGGGCAGAGCGGGGCCGGGGAUGCGCGGAGUUAGGAGCGCAGACAAAAGAAGUUAAAGAGCCGCUUAAUAUAUACAUGUUUUUGAAGGCGGGUAGAGGGAAAAAAAUAACAACAGCGAGCGUAGAUGGGCUUGGCUGUGUCGUUAUGGAGCCCCCUUUGAGCAAGAGGAACCCGACACUGAGAUUAGCGGAUUUGGCAGCGGCUCAGCCCCAUCCUCACCAGAACAUGACAGGCUUCCCGGGGCUGGGGAACCACCACGUCCACCCCCACCACGCGGCCCACCUUCACCCCGGGGACACGGGCGGAGACCCCGGCGGCGCCCUCACGCCGCUGGGACCCGAGCACAUGGCGCAGCCCGCCGCCCUCAAGCUCACGCCCGAGGCGCUCACCGCCGCCGCCGCCGCUUCGCCGCGCCCGCCGCCACCACCGCCGCCGCCGCCGCCGCCGCCACCGCCGCCGCCGCCACCACCGCCGCCGCCUACGCGCCGCCCGCCGCCCCUCCCGGGAUACCCGUCGGGGGGGGCGGCGGGCCGGGACUUCCUCCUGCGGCGGGAGCUGCCCCCCGCCGCCGCCGCCGCCGUUCACGGGGCGCUGGGCGAGCAGCACCCGCCCGCCAGCUCCCCCCACCUCCCGCACCCGCCGCCCCACGGCGUCUUCAUCUCGGCCGCCGGCACCUACGGGGCGGCCGACGGGGCGCACGCCGCCUUCCCGCCGCCGCCGCCGCCGCCGACCGGCGAGCAAGGGGCUCCCGCCGGCCGCCACCCGCCCCUCAACGGGCAGAUGCGCCUGGGGCUGGCGGCCGCCGCCGGGGAGCUCUACGGGCGCGCCGAGGCGCACUACGGGGCCGCCGCCUCCGCCUCCUCCUCGGCGCUGCAAGGCUACGGCUCCGUCAACCUCAACCUGGCGGCGGCCGGCCACGGGCACCCCCACCACCCCCAUCCCCACCACCACCACCAUCACCACCACCACCACCACGGCCACGUCGGGGCGGCGGCGGCGGCGGCGGCGGCCGGGGCCUUCCUGCGGUACAUGCGGCAGCCUAUCAAGCAAGAGCUGAUCUGCAAGUGGAUCGACCGGGAGCCGCCGCCUCCGCCUCCGCCGCCGCCACCGGGCGGUAGGAAGCCUUGCUCCAAAACUUUCAGCACGAUGCAGGAGCUGGUGAGCCAUGUCACCGUGGAGCACGUCGGCGGGCCCGAGCAGAGCAGCCACGUGUGCUACUGGGAGGAGUGUCCCCGCGAAGGCAAGCCCUUCAAAGCGAAAUACAAACUCAUCAACCACAUCCGAGUGCACACGGGAGAGAAGCCCUUCCCCUGCCCCUUCCCCGGCUGCGGGAAGGUCUUCGCCCGCUCCGAAAAUCUCAAGAUCCACAAGCGGACUCAUACAGGGGAGAAGCCCUUCAAGUGCGAGUUCGACGGCUGCGAGAGGAAGUUCGCCAACAGCAGCGACCGCAAGAAGCACUCCCACGUCCACACCUCCGACAAGCCCUACUACUGCAAGAUCCGCGGCUGCGACAAGUCUUACACCCACCCCAGCUCCCUGCGGAAGCACAUGAAGAUCCACUGCAAGUCCCCGCCGCCCUCCCCCCCGCCCGGUUCCCAGGGCUACGCGGCGGCGGGGCCCCCCGACGGCCCGCUGCCCCCCGAGCCCGACCCGGCCGCCGAGCCGCCCCGCGGCCGUUCCGCCGCCCUCUCCCCGCCGGUCACCAACCUCAGCGAGUGGUACGUCUGCCAGGCCGGGGGGGCUGCCCGCCGGCCCCGCACCCCCUCCAGCCGCGACGCCUCCCCGGCUUCCGAGGGGGACGAGCCCCACAGGACCUCGGGGGGCAGAACCGCUCCCUAGGGCCGUGCCGUGCCGUGCCGUGCCGUGCCACCGGCGACCCCCGGCCCCACCGCGCUGGCCCAGGCUGCAGCGGCAGCCGCCUGGCACGGGGAGUGGGGGGGGAGUGGGGGGGGGCUGGCGUGGAAGUGCCGUCAGGUUUGACUCGCGCUAUUUAUUCCGUGUACGAAACCCUAUGGUGUUUGUACGGUAACUAAUUUAAUUAAAGAGUCUCGGACUUUUUUUUUUUUUUUCUUCUCCUUUUGGUAAGAAAAAGCGUUAAUAACGCCACGCUGGGCCACCACAGCCACGCUUCUUUGCAGGGGGACGGUGCCAAGGGAGGUGCCCGGUUCCCACCCUGCCCAUGCCAUAAUGCUCUUGACGAGAGAGCGAGCCGGGGGAAAGGCUGCAAGCUGGCAGAGCCCUGCCGUUCCCUGGAGUGGCUCCGAAAUACUUCAGCUGCCACCCCAGCUCCUCCUCUUCAGCCCAGGGUAAAGCCCCAGGUUGGCAGCGGCUUCCUGACUGUAAAGCAGCACCUGCUGAAAGCUCCGGCCAGUCGAAGACAGGUUACACAUCCUUCAAAAUAAAAUUAAAUAAAUAUUUUUUUUUUCCUCCCCUCUUGCAGUUCAGCUCCUUUGUAAUUGUUGGUUUCUCUCCCAAGUCGUAGGGUCCCACCCACAACCGGCAUUUUCUCUCCAGCCUUCUUUCUUUCUCCCUUAGCCGUAACCAUGUGAAAACAAUUUAGGGAAGGAAAGACAAAAGAUGCAGCAGUCCCUUACCGCUCCUCCACGGUUUGUAUGCGUAUGGGUCCUAAAAUGUAGCCGGAGAAUAAAAGAAACCCGCUGCUAUUUGACAACUGCGAUACUGUGAUACAUUUUGUUGUUGUUGUUGUUGUUGGUUUUUUUCCCUAAAAAACACACACAAAAACUGACAGCGAUUUUCCCUUUUCUUGGGGUCGGUAUUAUUAUUACUCUAGUUAUUAGUAUAUAUAUUUUUUCAAAGUUCGUCUGGCAGAGGAAGACUUUGUCUCUGGCUCCCUCCAGCCCCGUGUGCAGUUCGUGGCUGGGAGGGGGGAGCAGCCCCCCGGGCCUGGCGAGUGCCUGAAGGGAGGGGAGUGCGGGGAUUAUUUUUUUAUUAUUAUUUUAUAUAUAUAUAUAUAUAUAUAUAACAUUUUCUUCGGUUUAUUUCCUCUCUCCAGCCGAGCCAGUGCCUGCGCGCACUCUUGCUUUUCACCAUCCCCCUGCGGUGUCCGGGCAGAGUCACCUGGGAGGAGGGGACCAGAGCUGCUGGGAAAGAAACGGGGAGGUGGUGGGAGGGUCGGGAUGGGGUCGGGGUGCUCACCCCAAACCCCCCCCCCAGCGGCCCAGCCCAGCGGCCGAGGGGCUGCGGGGCGGGGAGGGGAGGACGAGGACGGGGACACCCCGGCCCCAUCGCCCGUCCGUCAGGAGCCGGGCGCAAAUAAACUAAAGAGCACUAAUUCCUCCUCAGAGACCCCGAGAGGAGAAGCGGCAGCCUCCCUCCCCUCCCCCAGGGCUUGUGGAAAUGUGUUUUGUGUGCCGUGAAUGGUGGAUGUCGUCUUGUCAUUGUUAAUAACGUGUAUGUGAACGCGAUUAUUUUGUACAGUCGAAUUAAUUUAUUUUCUGACAUCAUCCUUUUUUUUUUCCUUUUUUUUUUCUUUUUCCCCCUGGAAGAGUACAGAGCACACCAAAGAAUUCUCUUAUUAAUUUUGGUGAUAGAUUGUUGUUUAUGAUGCUGUGGUUUGUACAAAAAAAAAAAAUCAUUAUAUUUUUCAGCUUACUUGAAUGAACGAUGUAAUGUGAAACAGACUCUUCCUGCAUGUCCUCCGUGCGGUGUCUUGGUGCUGAUAUAUAUAUAUGUAUAGUUCAUAGAGAUAUUAUAUUAUUAGUACAGUGCAUGGUGCUGUCACUCUGGAAGCCUUUAAACGUUGUCUUCAUAUUGUUGUGUUGGAUAUAAAGAAGCAGGCGUUACUUCAAAAACAAACAGGAAACUUGAAUAGACAAUAAUUUUUUAAAGUUCAUUCGAUUUGCUUUUUAUUCGUUUUUGAAAGCCCAUUUGAAUAAAUAGAAAAUAAUAAAGUAAGGUAUGGACUUUUUAAAGAAUAAUUUAUGUAAUGUAAUCUUAUUAGAGAUAUUUUGGUGCUGAUUUAUAAACGAACUUUUUAAUUUAUGCAUUUUUUUUUCAACAACGGAUUGCACUAUACAUUACUACAUGGCAGGGUUUAUAAACUAUGGCUCGGGGGGAUAUAUCACUAUUUUUAUGUACUUGCUACACGUAGGGUCAGACACUUGCCCAUCAGUUUUAUGACACAUGAUACCUCCUAAAUAAAAUAAUACUAAUUUAAUUUUUUUCAUCUCUGUAAACCCCGUAAAAAGCAGA